ACAUUCAGAGACACCCCCCUCCCACAAAGAAAAACAGUUUGGAAAGUUUGAUCCGGAGAAGAGGGCUUGGGGAUUAACUGGAGUCUCGUGGGAAUGAGCAAUGACGGAGAUCAUGGUUGAUGCCAGCAAGGAGCACAAAGGACCAGGGUCUCGGUCGCAGGAAACAGCGGGGCGAAAACCCAGCAGUCGCAUCCCACUACUGAACAGGCUCUCGGCCACGAGGGCCGUUUGGGAGCUUCUGGAUGUCCAGCUGGAGCAAGUCAAGAGGCUGCUCUCGUCGCGCCAACCAGGGGCGUUCAUCGUUGCUAGAAAUGGGAAGGACGAUGCCAAGACCCUCUUCCUCCGGUUACCCGAAAGUGACAAUAAGGUUGUUGACCUUUUCCCUCUUGAAGACAAUCCAG